GAGUGCAGCAGGUGCAGCCAGCCUGCAGGCUUUCGCUUAAAUGAGGGCUCUUGCGAAUUGCAAUAUAGCUACACCUCACAAACUGGUGUCUAUGGACUUGAGUUGGUGGUGGAGGACUUCCCGCAGCGCCCUAUCACACUGGCCUACACAGAUGGAUCUCGAUCCAACAGGUCUCCACUGACUGUAAGAAGAGGCAAACGCUCAUAUUAUGGCACAACUGCCAUGUACUCGUGGCACCGGCAACAUCAGUCAACAACCACACCCGGACCUACCACUCCAUGGCAGUGGUGGUGGCACCCCACAACUAUAGUACACACCACACCAUACUACACUACCAAUCCUUGGUGGAGGUUCUGGCACACCACAACCACAGCUGCACCCAGAACAACCACACCAUACUACCCUACCACUCCAUGGUGGUGGUGGCACACCACAACUGCACCCACAACAACCACGGCUGCACCAAUAACAACCACACCAUACUACACUACCACUCCUUGGUGGAGGUUCUGGCACACCACAACCACGGCUGCACCCACAACAACCACAGCUGCACCAACAACAACCACACCAUACUACACUACCACUCCUUGGUGGUGGCUCUGGCACACCACAACCACGGCUGCACCAACAACAACCACACCAUACUACACUACCACUCCUUGGUGGUGGCUCUGGCACACCACAACCACGGCUGCACCCACAACAACCACGGCUGCACCAACAACAACCACAACUGCACCCACAACAACCACGGCUGCACCAACAACAACCACACCAUACUACACUACCACUCCUUGGUGGUGGCUCUGGCACACCACAACCACGGCUGCACCCACAACAACCACGGCUGCACCCACAACAACCCCACCAUACUACACUACCACUCCUUGGUGGUGGCUCUGGCACACCACAACCACGGCUGCACCCACAACAACCCCACCAUACUACACUACCACUCCUUGGUGGUGGUGGUCCACCACUACAUCUGUCACAACCACAGCUGCACCAAUAACAACAACAACCAGACUGUCUUCUUCCUCUGGACCUCUCACCAAACUUCCUCUACAAUUCUCUUUGAUGCGCCUGCUCCAUCCUGCCGUGCGGGAGACUACUUGCCACAGUUUCUAAACCCAACACCCGCCAAUGGAGAACGCCUCCAUGCUGAAGCCAACAAAGAAGUGGAGAUCAGAGUCAAAGCACACGCUAACUAUGCAACACUAGAAGGUAUCAUCAUCAGUGGGCCCCUGCGUGUCACCAAGCACCGGACCACACAUAAUGAGUUUGCCAUCAGAUGGACCCCUGCCACAGAUGAUGUAGGAGAUCAUUUCCCCAUUUGCUUUGCUGCCGAAGCAAAAGCAGGGUCUCGCGUCUAUCAGUCUGAGAUGCGAUGUGUCUUGGUGGAUGUCGUGAAGGACAGUGUCAAAACCAACGUCAUCUGCCAGGAGUCCACCAUGACAGUAGAGGUGGAGAGAGCCUCAUUAUCUGGAAUUCGCGUGGAUCAUCUCCGGCUUAAUGAUCCCAGCAACACAGCAUGCAGCCUGCAGUCCCACUCCAACAGCACUCACAUCGUCGCUGUCAUCCCCCUCAACUCCUGUGGCACUCAGAUUGAGGAAGAUGAUGAUAACUUGCGCUUCAAGAAUGAGAUCACCACCACCGACGAUGUCAACACCCUCAUCACCAGGAAACACCUGCUGGAGGUGGAGUUCUACUGCCAGUACCCCAAGAGAGGAAACGUGACACUGGGCUUCACAGCUCACAGGAGCAACGUCACCGCGUGGGAGAAAGGCUUCGGCACGUUCACCUACGAGUUUGAGUUCUUCCACGGCAGCAGCUUCCAGAGAAUGAUGGAUCCCAGUUCGUACCCGCUGGUGUAUGAUGUGGGGGAGAGGAUCUACAUGCAGAUAGAGGCCAUUUCUUCCAUCAACAACACUGAGCUGUUUGUUGAGUCCUGCAGAGCUGCACCAUAUGACAACCCAAACUACACACCCACCUACUCCAUCAUUGAAAACGGGUGUGAAGUAGACGCGACCACUCAAAUCCACUCACCGAACCACCAAAACCAUUUCAGCUUCAGCAUGGAGGCCUUCAAGUUCAUUGGGCAGCAUGACCAGGUGUACAUCAGCUGCUCGGUCAUGGUGUGUGAAGCAGGGAACCCCAACACCAGGUGCUCUCAGGGAUGCAUCAACUCCACAUCUCCUCAGUCUUACAGUCAGCAUCGUGGCAAGAGAGAGGCCGUCAUCCAAACUGCAAAGCACUUUGUUUCCCAGGGACCCCUGCGCUUGAGGUCAUCUGAGAGCACAGCGACCAACCUGAACCUGAACCUGAAUCUGGUGUUCAUCGCUGGAUGUCUUCUCGCAGCGGUUGGCAUGAUCUGUGCAGUGAUCAUUUACAAAAGCAAAGCGUCAAAGAUCAAAUAUCAGCCUUUGCCAUCAUUUGAAAAUUAA